AUGGGUUGCAACAGACACCCUCCCCCAAACCUUAGCCGGCUCCUCCUUCCAAUGGCUCGCUGCAAAUCCCAUUUCCCAGCAUCCUUCCCUCCGUUACUCCCCCUUCUCCCUUUCCAAUCGUCACCAGCAGAAAAUGAAACUACUCUGCAGAAGGAGCUGGUGAGUUUCGAUCUUGCCUCCUUCCGUCCGGGUUUGCGGUCGCCACUCUCGUUUCUGGGCUGCUGUUGCCACGGAAUCCGCCCGCCAAUGCAGGGAACAGAGGAAGAAUUCCGGUUUCUUUUGUGUGAGAAAUGCCAGCAACAACUGCAGGGCCCCAAACUCCUCGGCUGCCUUCACACCGUCUGCCACGAAUGCUUCGCCGAAUCCAAGCCCGUCGGCCACUGCCCGGUUUGCACGGUUUCCGUCCCCCGCUUCCAAGACAACCUCCUCUUCACGCACCUGCAGGCCGACCUGAACACGUACCAGCAGAUAGCGGCCGGCAAGGAACUGAUGUGCUCUCGCUGCAAAGUGGAAGCCGUGUUCUGGUGCUCCGAGUGCAAGGAGUUCCUCUGUGAGAGGUGCUACGAGGCCCACCAGUGGUACUUGAAGCAGAAGAGCCACGAGACCCAGAAGAUAGAGGAUCUCAAGGGGGAUUCUGCCAGCAAGUUCCUGGCGGGGAUACGGAAUUAUUGCACUCUCUACUGCUCCAAUCCUGCCCACAGUAACCAGGGCCAGAUUUCAAGCAUCUAUUGUCGCCAGUGCCAAAAGCCGCUCUGUUGUUCCUGUGCCCUCUUGGACAACGAGCACUCCAAAUUCUACACGGACAUCAGCGUGGAAAUCCAGCAGAGGAAGGAGGAGCUGAGACGGAUGAGCGAGGAGCUGCAGGAGACGGAGCAGAGCUGCCAACACACCUACAGCGACCUCCAACAGAACGCGCAGCGUGUCGAGAACGUGUGGAGGGAGACCCAGAGCGUGAUCCAGAAGAAGGUGGAGGAGAUGGUCCAACAGAUCCGGAAGACGGGAGAGCAACUCUUGGAGGAAGUGGACAAGCAGCUGCACGUGGUGCGCCUGGACUCUGAGGCGAAGCUGCAGGCUGUGGAGUGCGUGCUCGGCCGGAUGAAGACCGGCAAGCGGCUGGUGGAGAAGAUGGCCGACUUCGCCUCCGACCAGGAAGUGAUGGACAUGCACCCGUUCAUCAAAGAGUCGCUGGAGGAGCUGAGGAGAGAGAAGGCGCCGAUGGCGGGGCUGAGAGUCUCCAGGGAGAGUUUUGCAAAGAUCAAAGAACAUCUCCAGGUUCUUUAUAGGAAAGUGAUGGGACAGAACGAUGCUGCCUCUUCCAGCAACGUGCCGCCUUCCUCCCAAGCGCUGAACGCAGUAAAGCAGAAGGAAGCUCCAUGUAAUGAGACGGACCACCCCAAGACGCAGAAGCCUAUGUAUACCAUCAGCAUUGAAAAGAAUCCUCACGGAUUCACCCCUUCCAUAACCGCCUUGAGGAAACGAACUCUGACCCCGUGCGAAAAAUCCACUCAGAGCUCUCCCAAGAUGCCAAAGCACGAAGCCCACGACAGCCAGGAAGGAGAAACCUCUACUGGGCAUGCCCACGUUGCAACAAUUUGCCCUCCGUGUGCCCACGAAAUGACCCAGGAGAGAGACCGGAGAGACGUCGACUUGGCUGAGGUGGACCAAUCUUUCCUGGAGAUCUGUGAAUCCGAAGUCACCAGUAUCAUCAUCAGCAGUUCUGACAACUCGGACACAGAAACCAUGUGAUGCCCUUCGUGUUGCAGAAGAGGCUCUGACCGGCUGCCGCCUUAUCAUCAUCUUGAGCCCUCCUGAAGAGGUUCGAGAAAUGUUUUUGCGGCCUGCGUUUUCCAGCCUCUGUCUCACUUGCUACGGCGGCCACAUCUCAUUGCAAUCCAGACGUUUCCUUCCCCGCUGAUAUUUCCAGGAACAUAUUUGUGUUCUUGCAACUGGUUGUUAUGUUAUGUUUAAUUUAUAUACUUAAAUGGAUGGCCAUUUGGGAUUUUUUUUUCUAAGUCCUACUAGGGCAGUGGUGGUGAACCUUUGGCACUCCAGAUG